UCGUCCCGGAAUUGCAUUACUCAUUAAAAAAAAUGUUAGAAAAAUGAGGUUAUGUGUGAUAAUUUCUCAAUCAUUUAAUGCUCUCAUAUCGUCUCAACCAUUAAAUUCCAUCAUGUAAGAAUGCUCUAGAUAACGAUAAAACUAAUUGAUAAUUAUUGUUUCGUUGGAAAAUCUGCUUAUCUCCAAGUGAGGCUCUUGUUAUGCUAAUGUGUUUGCAGUUCGCAUAGAUAAAAGAAAAUUUGCGUUUCUGAUUAGCGUAAUUGUUAUGUGAUAAAUAAAUACGAAUAACUGUUUACUCAGUGUUGUAUUUUAUGAAAAGUUUACAAUAAACAAUGAUAAAACCAAUAGGAAUCAGUGCCUAACCAGCCAGUUAUACACCAGCCACCAUACCGCAAUAAAUGCAUGAAAAAUGAAAUUUGCUGAACACCUUUCAGCCCAUAUCACCCCAGAAUGGAGGAAACAAUACAUCAACUACGAGGAAAUGAAAGCCAUGCUCUACAUGGCCGUAGAAGAGGCCCCCUCGUCCGAAAGCGUGGAACCCGAAGUCCUGACUCGCCACUUUGCAAAUUUCGACGAAACGUUCUUCCACUACUCGGACAAAGAAUUGAAAAAAAUCAACACUUUCUAUUCGGAAAAACUGGCCGAAGCCACUCGGAAAUUUGCAAAUUUGAAUAACGAACUGCGAGUGUCUUUGGAGCACAUCAGACAGGGUAAAAGGAAAGACACCGAUGCGACCAAAAGACACAUCCCCGCCAGGAAAUUGCAAGAAUUAAAACUUGCCUUCAGCGAAUUUUAUUUAAGCUUGAUUCUGUUGCAAAACUACCAAACUUUGAAUCAUACAGGGUUUCGGAAGAUUUUGAAGAAGCACGACAAGUUACUUAACACUGACGUGGGGGCGAAAUGGCGGCAAGAGCACGUCGAAACGUCCCAUUUUUUCACGAAUCGAGACAUCGACAAGCUCAUCAACGACACCGAGAGCAUGGUGACCAACGAACUGGAAGGGGGCGACCGCCAGAAGGCCAUGAAGCGCCUCCGUGUGCCUCCGCUGGGGGAGCAGCAGUCCCCCUGGACCACGUUCAAAGUGGGGCUGUUCUCGGGCUCCUUCAUCGUGCUCUUGAUUGCUGUGGUCCUCUCGGCCAUCUUCCACGACGGGGCGAGCGAGAACCUCAAAAUUGCAUUCCGAUUGUACCGGGGCCCCCUCUUGAUCGUCGAGUUUUUGUUCCUGAUUGGGGUCAAUGUGUACGGGUGGAGGUCGUCGGGGGUCAACCACGUGCUUAUUUUCGAGCUGGACCCCCGGAAUCAUCUCUCCGAGCAGCACCUGAUGGAGAUGGCGGCCAUUUUUGGGGUCGUUUGGACGCUUAGUUUGCUCAGUUUUCUCUACAGUUCCAGUUUAAGUAUCCCGCCGUAUGUGAAUCCCCUGGCGUUGACUGUCAUUAUGGUGCUGUUUGUGAUCAAUCCGCUCAAAGUGUUCAGACACGAUGCCCGCUUUUGGUUCGUGAGGAUUUGUGGCCGCAUGUUUGGUGCCCCCUUCUUCCACGUGGGCUUCGCCGAUUUCUGGCUCGCCGAUCAACUCAAUAGUCUCGCCAACGCACUCUUAGAUUUCCAAUUUUUGAUUUGUUUUUACUACACUCAUGGCGACAAUUGGGCUGAAGCAGGAGAUACGGCCGAAUGUAUGGAAAAGAAUUUCAUAAUCCGUCCGAUUGUCAACUGUAUCCCGGCCUGGAUACGUCUUGCUCAAUGCCUUCGCCGUUAUUACGACACCAAAGAAGCCUUCCCUCACUUAGUAAACGCCGGAAAAUACUCAACGACGUUUUUUGUCGUCAUUUUUUCAACUCUGAGAUCGGUUUACAAAAGUGAUUAUCCAGACCAAAGCGAAAACCCCUUCCUUUUCCUAUUCAUAAUCGCAUCCAUUGUGAGCUCUUGUUACGCCUACACUUGGGAUAUUAAAAUGGAUUGGGGCCUUUUCGACAAAUCAGCGGGCGAAAAUAAAUUCCUUCGUGAGGAAAUCGUCUACUCUUCCACGUUCUUCUACUACUUUGCCAUUGUCGAAGACUUUGUUUUACGGUUUGCUUGGGCGCUUUCGUUCUAUUUGACUGAAAAUGGCUACGUCAGUGGUGACUUGAUGACGUCCAUAUUAUCGCCCCUUGAGGUCUUCCGCCGAUUCGUUUGGAACUUUUUCCGAUUGGAAAACGAACACUUGAACAAUUGCGGUAAAUUCAGAGCCGUUCGUGAUAUUUCCGUCGCCCCAAUCGACUCAUCUGACCAAGCACAGAUAAUCAGGAUGAUGGAUGAGGCAGAUGGCGUUGCCAACAGAGGUAGAAACAAAAAACAGGCGAAGAAAAAGGAAGAAAAGAAACCGCUGUUGCUUGAAGAAUCCAUCGCCAACUUUAAGUCGAUACCGUUGUCCACGAUGCAAGUUUAGGAAAGAUGAAAUUAGAAGUGAGAUUAGGAGACACAGUUGGUACUUAUAGGUGGGAGCAGUAUUACGCACGGAUGAACCAUUCCCUUGUGAUCUUGUACAUGUGCUUAUUUUUACUAUUGUUAAACGAAGUUUUACAGGGAUUAUUACUUAACUUGAUGCCUUUAUACAAUAUUUAGUGAUAAUUAUGUACUGUACGCAAAUAUAUUUUAAAUAAACUUGGUUUUUAUCAA